AUGGCAGUGCCCGGCGAGCCCACCCGAGUCAGGGACAAGCACGACCAUGGUGGGGCGAGUCAAGCCCCCGCGGCGGGCCGGGACUGCCACCGUCUUGCAGGCUCCGAGUUGCCGCGGGACUCGGGCUCCCGCAGCUGCUGGGGAGACCUGGUGCUGCAGCCGUUCCGGCGCUCUAGGAAACUUUCCCCGGCGCUGUGCGCGGGCUCCCUGUUCUUUCUGUUGGCGCUGCUGGUGAGACUAGUCCGCGGAGAGAUCGGCUGUGAUCUGGCGCAGGGUAAGGAGGCGGCGGCAGCAGCAGCGGAAGAAGCGGCCCCGGGAGCAGAAGGGGGCGUCUUCCCGGGGCCUCGGGGAGGUGCUCCCGGGGGCGGUACGGCGCUCAGCAGCUGGCUGCAGCCCUCGGCGCUGCUCUUCAGUCUCCUGUGUGCCUUCUUCUGGAUGGGCUUGUACCUCCGGCGUGCCGGGGUGCGCCUGCCUCUGGCGGUCGCGCUGCUGGCCGCCUGCUGCGGGGGGGAAGCGCUUGUCCAGAUUGGGCUGGGCGUCGGGGAGGAUCACUUACUCUCGCUCCCCGCCGCGGGGGUGGUGCUCAGCUGCUUGGCCGCCGCGACAUGGCUGGUGCUGAGGCUGAGGCUGGGCGUCCUCAUGAUCGCCUUGACUAGCGCGGUCAGGACCCUGUCCCUCAUUUCCUUAGAGAGGUUCAAGGUCGCCUGGAGACCUUACCUGGCGUACUUGGCCGGCGUGCUGGGUAUCCUACUGGCCAGGUACGUGGAGCAAAUCUUGCCGCAGUCCGCGGGGGCUGCUCCAAGGGAGCAUUUUGGGUCCCAGCUGAUUGCUGGGACCAAGGAAGAUAUCCCGGUGUUUAAGCGGAGGAGGCGGUCCAGCUCGGUGGUAUCCGCGGAGAUGUCCGGCUGUGGCAGCAAGUCCCAUCGGAGGACCUCCCUGCCCUGCAUACCGAGGGAACAGCUCAUGGGACAUUCUGAAUGGGAUCACAAGCGAGGGCCCAGAGGAUCACAGUCCUCAGGAACCAGCAUUACUGUGGACAUCGCCGUGAUGGGCGAGGCUCACGGCCUCAUCACCGACCUCCUGGCUGACCCUUCCCUGCCCCCGAAUGUGUGCACAUCCUUGAGGGCAGUGAGCAACCUGCUCAGCACACAGCUCACCUUCCAGGCCAUCCACAAGCCCAGAGUGAAUCCCAUCGCUUCCUUUAGUGAAAACUACACCUGUUCCGAUUCUGAAGAAAGCGCUGAGAAAGACAAGCUCGCCAUUCCCAAGCGCCUGAGAAGAAGUUUGCCUCCUGGGCUGUUGAGACGAGUGUCAUCUACUUGGACAACCACCACCUCAGCCACAGGGCUGCCCACCUUGGAGCCUGCCCCAGUGCGGAGGGACCGCAGUGCCAGCAUCAAACUCCACGAAGCACCGACCUCCAGUGCUAUUGGUUCUGAUUCUUGGAAUAACCCAGUGAUGAUGACCCUCACCAAAAGCAGAUCCUUCUCUUCUUCCUAUGCUGUUUCUCCAGCUAACCAUGUAAAGGCUAAAAAGCAAAAUCGAUCAGGUGCCCUAGCAAAAAUUUCACCUCUUUCAUCGCCCUACUCUUCGCCUAUCCAAGGGACGCCAGCCAGCAGCCCAGUCAAUAAAAUUUCUGCAGUGCAGUUUCCAGAAUCUACAGAUGCAACUGCCAGACAAGACCUAGGUUCCCACAGGGCCUUAACUUAUACUCAGAGUGCCCCUGACCUAUCCCCUCAGAUCCUGACUCCGCCUGUUAUAUGUAGCAGCUGCGGCAGACCGAAUUCACAGGGGAGUCCUGUGGAUAGACCACUGGAGAGAAACAGUACGGACCCUCGGACACCAUGCAGAACGGAUGACACAGCUCAAGUUACCUCUGAUUAUGAAACCAAUAACAACAGUGAUAGCAGUGAUAUUGUACAGAAUGAAGAUGAGUCCGAGUGCCCCAGGGGACCUCUGAGGAAAGAGUCAGCUUGCAGCACCUACACUCCUGAGACCAUGAUAUUCCUGGACAAACCAAUUCUUGCUCCUGAACCUCUUGUCAUGGAUAACCUGGACUCAAUUAUGGAGCAGCUAAAUGCGUGGAAUUUUCCAAUUUUUGAUUUGGUGGAAAAGAUAGGAAGAAAAUGUGGCCGUAUUCUUAGUCAGGUAUCAUACAGACUUUUUGAAGACAUGGGCCUCUUCGAAGCAUUUAAAAUCCCAGUUAGGGAAUUUAUGAAUUAUUUUCAUGCAUUAGAGAUUGGAUACAGGGAUAUUCCAUAUCAUAACAGAAUCCAUGCCACCGAUGUCUUACAUGCGGUUUGGUAUCUUACUACUCAGCCUAUUCCAGGCCUCUCUACUGUGAUUAAUGAUCAUGGAUCCGCAAGUGAUUCAGAUUCUGACAGUGGAUUUACACAUGGACAUAUGGGAUAUGUAUUCUCAAAAAUGUAUAAUGUACCCGAUGAUAAAUAUGGCUGUCUGUCUGGAAACAUCCCUGCCUUGGAGCUGAUGGCGCUAUAUGUGGCCGCAGCCAUGCAUGAUUACGAUCACCCUGGAAGGACGAACGCUUUUCUGGUUGCAACUAGUGCUCCUCAGGCGGUGCUAUAUAAUGAUCGUUCAGUUUUGGAGAACCAUCAUGCAGCUGCUGCAUGGAAUCUUUUCAUGUCCCGGCCAGAGUAUAAUUUCUUAGUUAACCUCGACCAUGUGGAAUUUAAGCAUUUCCGUUUCCUUGUCAUUGAAGCAAUUUUGGCCACUGACCUGAAGAAACACUUUGACUUUGUAGCCAAACUUAAUGCCAAGGUAAAUGAUGAGGUUGGAAUAGAUUGGACAAAUGAAAAUGACCGCCUGCUGGUUUGUCAAAUGUGUAUAAAGUUGGCUGAUAUCAACGGGCCAGCCAAAUGUAAAGAACUCCAUCUUCAGUGGACAGAGGGUAUUGUCAAUGAAUUUUAUGAACAGGGUGAUGAAGAGGCCAGCCUUGGGCUACCAAUAAGCCCUUUCAUGGACCGUUCUGCUCCUCAGUUGGCCAACCUUCAGGAAUCCUUCAUCUCUCACAUCGUGGGUCCUCUGUGCAACUCCUAUGACUCAGCAGGGCUAAUGCCAGGGAAAUGGGUGGAGGAGAGUGAUGAGUCAGGAGAUACCGAUGACCUAGAAGAAGAGGAAGAAGCACCACCAACUGAAGAGGAAACCUGUGAAAAUAAUGAAUCUCCAAGAAAGAAAACUUUCAAAAGGAGGAAAAUCUACUGCCAAAUAACUCAGCACCUCUUGCAGAACCACAAAAUGUGGAAGAAGGUCAUUGAAGAUGAACAGCGGUUGGUGGGAGUGGAAAAGAAAUCCCUGGACCAGUCUCCGCAGCAGCACCCCUCAGAACAGAUCCAGGCCAUCAGGGAAGAAGACGAAGAGAAAGGGAAGCCAAGAGGAGAGGAGAUGCCAAGUCCAGAGCCAAACCAGUGACAGUGGAUGGAAUGAGCUGUGCUUCCAAACAAAUUGACUUGUCACAGACACUUUUCAAGUCAGCACAACCCCUAGACACAACACUGUAGAAAUACAAGAAGAUGGGCAAAUGGCUAUUGCAUUUUGGGAUUCUUCAUAUUAUAUGUGUUUAUUUUUACAGUGAGGUACAUUGUUAAAAACUCUUGCUUGAAGAAGCUUUCACACUGCAACACCAGCUUUGAGGGAUUUUUUUUUGAGGAGGAGGAGGAAAAAUGUAUGUGUGUGUGUAUAUAAGCUCACACAUAGAUACAUAUAAAACAUAUUCACACACACACACAUAUGUAUAUACAUAUACACACUGAAAGCCAGGCUUACUGGCUCCACAAUUUAGUAACAUUCGUAUUAAGAUAUAUAUCAGUCACUGUGAUAUAAUUACGUAUAAUGGAAAACAUAAAACAAAUCACAAAGGAAAUGGUGCAGUUUAGCAAGGAAAAGGUGCAGCAAAUGUAGGUUACCAAGUAAGUAGCUUUUGCUCUUAAUAUUGUGGGAUAAAAAUUCAAGAGCAUUAUUUGAAUUCUGAUUCAUCCUGCCAACAUUGUGUGUGUGUGUUUGUGUGUGUGUGUGUGUGUGUAAACAGGGAUUGAAAGGGUGCUUGUGUGUAUGUGUGUGUAAAAGGGAGAUUUUUGUAGUUUUAGUAGUUCGUAGAGUAGCUGUAGCAAAUGACUCAGUACAUGUGAACAAACAGAAAGAAGUUCAUUUGGGGGUGCCUUUGAGAGGCGGCCAUUCCAAAUGCCCUCCUCCACUUAGCUGCAAUAAAGGACCCUUUGCAGACAAGUGCAUUCACCAGCUGGAUGCGAGGCCCACGUGACUGGUACUACUGCUGUGCACCACUUGGGGGCGAUCUAUGACCAGCCUGAAACUUGGAGGAUCGAGGCGUUUUCCCAUCUACUCGCUUAAUGAAUGUACAAGAGCUGUGUCUUUGAGUACCUGCGUCACUCACCAAAAUCAAAUCACCAUAUAAAGGGAUGGUGUUCUUUAUACAUAACUGCCUAAGGAGGAUCUGCGGCUGAGUCCUUUAAUCAUCUUAGAAUUCUAAAAGGUUGCUAGAGAAGGCCUGAGAAAUUACACUUAACAGUGAUCUCCUGUCUUCUUAAUUUGCUGCAAAAUGUGUGGUAGAAAAAGGAAGAAAAGCAAACAGAAACCCACUAUGGGGUAUUUAGCUAGAGAUGAUGGAGAAAAUUUCAACCUAGUGUUCUGGUGGUGUUGACCUAGUAAAAGCCUGAUUCCAUUGGAUGUUGGCUUUGGGGGGAUGGUAAAGGUCCCACUGACUACACCUGUGGUAUUCCACAUGCUGUGGGACGGGGUAGCAUUCUGACCCGUGGUCGUGCUUCUUUAGGCAGGGAAGAUUAUAGAGGAUUGUUGUUUGGGGAUCUGGCCUUUCAUUGAAAGUCUUUUUUUUGUUUUUUUUUUGUUUUUUUUUG